AUGAAAAUUAACAAACUAGGUAACAGCACCUGCGGAAAUAAUAACAUUUAAAACAGACUUUACACCGCUUGCGUUCCAACUGCUUAUCCUCAUACUAAAGAUAUCAAUUCUCUCUUAUAAUUGCAAAAAAGCAAAUAAUCAAGGAACUAGCUAUCUAAUCAGAGCAAUUCCUAGGUAGCUCCUGCCAUUAUUACCCCUUAUUUUUCAAAAUCAAUGCAUAAACUAAAGGGUAUUGUUGAGAUGCAACAGCUGCCUCUUUAAAUUCAUAAUGAAAAAAAGCGUGUCAUUCAGUAGACUAAACAAUCAGCCAAGUAGCCUACUCUAAGAAUCAAUUCAGCUCACUAGCAACUACCACAUAAUCAAUAGAGUCAAAGAUAGAACAAAUAAUAAAAUACCCAAUUUCAAACAUAGUAACAUCCAAUAGCUCUAAAUAUGAAUAAUAAAGUCGUAAGAAACACACAGCCCUAGAUAAAUGAAGCCUAACUCGAGAAGUUAAAGCAUGAUCUUCUCGCUUAAUACUAGAACUUUGAGAAGCAGCAUGAAAAAUUAGUUGAUAGAUAUGCCUCAAAGUACAUCUCUCCCUCAAACAAUAGGACAAGCAUCAAGCAAAGUAAUGUAAAUUAAGAAAGAAAAGCAGAUAAGACAAAUUCUUCUUAACAGAAGACAAAUAGAAAAUAAGAAUUUUUGCGUUUAAAUAUAGAUUCACCCUCUCAGAAUUUCUCACCUGAGGGCACAGUCAAGAGAAAAAGCACUCAUCCAGAUCACAACUUUACUGAUGACUAUGACUAUGUGGAUGGGACUCCCAGAGUACAUAGAACUUUAGACAGUUGCUUAGAUGAUGAUCUACAAGUAUCAAAUCCUAAUUAGGAAACUAUUUACAGUAUUAAUGAAAGAAAAACAGAUAUCAAGAAAUAAAUUGAUCAGUAAAAUGUAAUAAAUGAUUUAGGGAGUUUCGCUUUCAACCCAGCAAUGAUUCAUCGUUAGAGCAGUAAACAGCAGGUUAUCGAAGUUCUUAAUUAGCAAGAUAACUUUAGCCAAGGCAACAAUACCAACUCUUAAGAGAACUUGCUGAUAUAAAACUUAAAUUUCGACUUUACUUAGAUGCAUUAAAACGCAUUUAAAACAAUGGCGAUAAAUGAUAAACCAAGCUAAUAAUUAUUCUCUCCACCAGAUAGUUCUUAAUAGACAUCCUUGUUUCAGUAAUUCGGGCAGGCUAGCUAAAAUGAAACAUAUCAUCACAUCAAAAAGCAAAAUACAAAUGUUUUGAAAUUUGAUAUCAGUAAUUUAGAAUCUUUCCCAAGUAAUAUCUAUUCACCUUUGUCUUAAAGCUCUUAGUGUGGAGGGAGAAUGAAUAGUUAUAACACAGUUAUCCACAAUGAGAAUUAGUCCUAAGUCUAGAGACAAGUGAACUAUCCACGCAAUAAUAACAACAUCUAGAUUAUUAAUGACUCCCAACAGAAUUAAUAUCAGUAAUUUCUAGAUAACCACAAUUCAAGUCGUAACUAAAGUGCGCAGUACAGAUCGCAAAAUAUCAAUAAUCAGAAUCAGUACUUCAGUAAGAUUAUUGAGAGUGAAGCAUAAAAAUUCUUUUAACUAAAAAAAUAACAGUAGUAAUAGCAAUAGCUAAAUGAGACUGACCAGUUCAAUUCAUUCAACUCCUCUCAUUCGAAUGAUGACCAAGAUGAUGAGUAUGACGAGGAUGAGAUAGAUGAAAGCAAUCCAUUAUUCAAAAGUAAGAACAUAGAGUCAUUAUGUGGUCAUACUAAUGAAUUCAAUUUAUUUGAUGAUGAAUAAUGCUGCUCUUUACCAUCUUCUGCUUAAACUUCCAAUUUUAAGAUAUAGUAAACCGUAGACCAGCAAAUUUAAAAGCUUAAUAAUCAAAAAGAUUAGAAAUCUAGAAAUAUCGGAAAUGAUAAGUAGAUCUUUGAACUAGAUAGUAAGAGAGAUGAUUUCAUGCUGAUAGAUGGAAUCGCUAGUUAAGGAUUCUAGUAUUAGACUUUUUCAGAGAAUCCAAACAACAAACUCAAGUAGAACUAUUGUGAUUUAGAUUAUUCAAACACUCUACCAGUGACAUUGAUGAGAUAGCAGUCAAAUAGUAGAAUAAGUUAGGGUACAUUGCAAAAUAUGCUCAGAAACUCAUAGAAAGAAUUUUAAAGCCAAAAAAACCAUGUGACUCUAGAUUAGUCAAAAGCAACUCCAGCCUUUAAAAAAGCGUUAAAGGAAAAAUUUAAUCAAAUAUAUAGUAAUGCUACCUCUAACUCAUUAUCUUCCUAAGAGGGAAAGAAUGACUGGAGAUAUUCUAAUACAAGCAAUACUCAGAAAAAGGAGAGAAUAAGUGAGCCAUAAAUGUUUGAUGCCUCCUAGAUGCUUGACUCAGUACUAGAAACAUCAGAAGGUGUAAAUUCUCAUAGACAGAUACCAGAAACUAGGCAGAUUGUUAAAAAAGCUCCUCUGGAUAAUGUUAGUCCCAUUUUUCAAAAGGGAAUUAUCAAAAAAGUCCUACAAAAGUAAAUAAAGAACCAAAGGAAGAAAUCUCAAGUGAUUAUUAAGCAAGAUGAAAUUAAGAAAAAUGUGUAUCAUCUUAUUGGAUAGCCAGUUGAGAAAAAAAUCUCGAACAAAAAAUCAAAGAUACCUUUAUAGAAAAAAUCAUCUUCUCAAAAUAUGAGAGUGAGUACCCAGCCAGUUUAAAACAGGCAGUCUUUAAUUAAGGCCAAGAGAGAUUAGCACAUGCUUUAAGUAAACAGAUAUGAAGUAGGAGACAUGUCCUCUCAAGUGAUGUCAAAUUAUAAUUAACCUUAAUCUACUAAGAGACUUACAACAUAAAACAUGUCCAGUAAUAAAGACAAUUCAAAUUAUGGAAUACUUGGGAAUGAUAUGAUGCUCCACUCAAUCAUGAUAACAUAAAAUCCCACCAAGGACUCAUAUAUGCUAACUUAAAAUAUCUAUCAUCCAUCAGAGUCUAAUCCAACAAUGAUAAGAAAAGAGACAUCAAGUUGCAGUUACUGCAGUGAAUGUGAAGACGAAGAGGAUGACGAUGAAGAUCUUUCAAGAUUAUCUUCAUCGCAAUCUAUUAUCUAGCCUUAAACCACACAUUCAAAUAUGCAAUCCCAAUAGGCAUUUAUCUAAACUAUGUUCUCAUAGAAUAACAAGAAUCAAGGAUCUCAACCAGGAUCAAAUCCAAGAUCUAGCAUUAAUCAUCUUCACUAGCUAAGUAUGGAGAGAUUAAAUGAAAAUUAGAUUAAUGAGGGAGUCGUAUAUUAAAGCAACGGCUUUGGGUUACCGAAUCCAUACUUUGUAUUUAAUAAAUCCUUUCAAAAUAAUCAUAUCACCUCGAGUAUGGCUACAACUUCGGCUAGUCUUACUAGCUAGAAUUAAAUUAAUGAGCAUAGAAAAAUGAUACUAUAGAAGCAGAGAAUGAGCAAUCUAACUUAAACAUAAUUAAGCGCUUGUACUUAAUCAAGGCAGGUAUCAAGAAACCCUAGCAAUAAUGGAAGUCAAUAGUCUCUUCAGUUAAAUGGCUUUCUAGGUAAUAGUCAUCAAAAUCUAAUGUUUGGAAGUCACAAUGGCUCAAUAUAAAAUGUAAAUGAUAGAAUCUAAUCUUUAGCUCAUUCUCACAACACAUUACACCCAAGAAAGAUAAGUCCUCACGAGUUGCAGAGUUUCUAUCAAAGCUAAAAUUUAGCAUUAAAUGGAAACUACCUUACUAGCAAGGCUGUAGAGCUGUAUGAGAAAGAGAGAAGUGCCUCAAGAAUAAAUUUCAGAAGUUGCGAUAGAUAAAUGUUUGAAAACAGUAGUAAAGUUAAGUACCGGCCGUCACUUACAUAGAACGAUCUCAGAAAAUAACAAAAACAUCAUUAAGUUGAACAAGUUAGAAUUAGUAACCCUGGAAUAUACAGUACAUAAAUGUCAAAUGAAUUCAGAUAAGGCUAAUUAGUAAAAUUCUCAGAUCCUUAAGCCUAUAAUAACUAAUAUAGUAUCAUCAACAAUAGUGCAAACAUUAUGAAUCAGAAGCUGAGGAAUAGCAAUGGGAAUCCAAACUUCCUAAACAACUUACAAUUUGCAAAUAACAAUUACUAUAGCAGGUCAAACUAGCAAUCACGAGACAAUAGUCAAAAUAAAUACAGACAAAGAGUAAACCCUACAGCAGGCUAGCAUAAAAUGGUCUUAUAAAAACAGUAUAUUCUAAACCAAAUCACAGAGAAUAACUAAACAGACUCUUCUGACCUUUAAAAUCAUCAAAUUAAAGCCAAGAUAGAUCACUCUAUUGGGAAUUCUAAUGGACAAAUAAGCAUGAAAAAAUCUAGAAAUAGAUAAGACAAGAUUAGCAAAACUCAUAAAGAUUUGGAAACUACAUAACACAAGUAGCCUGAAUUAGUUAAGGAGUAGAAAAAUUGCCAGAUAUUCUGA